CGGAACCCAAACACACAGAGAGGGAGAGAGAGAGAGAGAGAGAGAGAGAGGGAGAGAUCAUUGAAGAAGAGAAGAGAUCUAUUUAGGGUUUUCCCCAAGCCCAGGAUCUUCUUCUUUUCUUCUCACACUCUCUUCCUGCAUCUCUCUCUCUCUCUCCAGCCAAGUUCUUGGUUUGUUUUAAAGUUGUUAAAGAUGGUGCUUUGGGUUUUUGGCUAUGGCUCACUGGUGUGGAACCCUGGAUUUGACUUUGAUGAAAGGAUUGUUGGAUAUAUCAAGGACUACAGACGGGUGUUUGAUCUUGCAUGCAUAGACCACAGGGGCACACCAGAACAUCCAGCUAGGACCUGCACCUUGGAGGCCAAGAAAGGGGCAAUCUGUUGGGGUGCUGCUUAUUGUGUUAAAGGAAGCAUUGAAAGGGAAAGAGUUGCAAUGCAGUAUUUGGAGAAAAGAGAGUGCGAGUAUGAUUUAAAAUCCUCUGUCGACUUUUACAAGGAGGGAGAUGAUCUUAGGCCGGCCUUGACCAAAGUUUUGGUUUUCACUUCUACACCUGAUAAAGAAGCAAACAGAUACUACUUAGGUCCAGCUCCCUUGGAGCAAAUGGCGAGGCAAAUUGCUACAGCUACUGGCCCUUGUGGAAACAAUAGGGAUUAUCUGUUUUUCUUGGAGAAGGCAAUGUUCAACAUAGGACAUGAAGAUGGUUAUGUAAUAGAGCUGGCGAACAAGGUAAGGAAGGUGCUUAGGUGGCUGGAGGAGAAGAAGAAGAAAACCAGUCCACGCAUUUCCCCAAAGCCCCAUCAUCCUCUCAAUCUCAUGCAGCUAGCACCCCUCCUAGAGACCACUGUUGCAAAUUCUCGGUGAAAGACUAAUUGAAGGUGGAAUCAAAGAACGGGUAAAUUGAGGAAGUUUUGAGCUCUCUCCAUCUUUGGCGUUGCAUCUUGUUAAUGCUAUCCUCUGUUGUUGGUUAAUGUUCCUGAGUUCUGUUUGCUAUAAAUGGAUUGAUUGUAGGAAGCUUUGUGUUGCUUAUUUCAUGUUCAAACUUAGAAGUAGACAAGAUUAACUUUCUGUAUGACAUUUAUCUUCAUUUAAGUAAUGUUUUGCUAUC